AUGCAACAGGCCCCGCCGCAGCCUCUCCAGCUCCUAGCUCGGUCCAGGCAGGCCCCUCUCCCUCCCUCGGCGCCGCGCGCAGGCCGCGCCCUCAGGCCCAGUCCGCGGCGGGUGAUGCCACAUACAGCCAUGAAGAAAAAGGUGCUGCUGAUGGGGAAGAGCGGGUCGGGGAAGAGCAACACGAGGUCGAUUAUCUUCGCAAAUUAGAUCGCUCGCGACCCCCGGCGCCUGGGGGCCACCACCGACGUGGAGCACUCCCACGUCGGAUUCCUGGGGAACCUGGUACGGAACCCGUGGGACUGUGGCGGUCAGGACACCUUCACGGAAAAUAACUUCACCAGCCAGCGAGACAACAUCUUCUGUAACGUAGAGGUUUCGAUUUACGCGUUUGACGUGGAGAGCCGUGAACUGGAAAAGGAUAUGCAUUCUUACGACCCAUGCCUGGAGGCCAUCCUCCAGAACUCUCUUGACGCCAACAUCUUCCGCCUGGUGCACAAAAUCGAUCUGGUUCAGGAGGAUCAGCGUGACCUGAUUUUUAAAGAGCGAGAGGAAGCCCUGAGGCGUCUGUCCCGUCCGCUGGAGUGUGCUUGUUUUCGAACAUCCAUCUGGGAGGAGACGCUCUGCAAAGCCUGGUCCAGCAUCGUCUACCAGCUGAUUCCCAACGUUCAGCAGCUGGAGAUGAACCUCAGGAAUUUUGCCCAAAUCAUCGAGGCCGAUGAAGUUCUGCUGUUCGAAAGAGCCACGUUCUUGGUUAUUUCCCACUGCCAGUGCAAAGGGCAGCGCGACGUCCACCGGUUUGAGAAGAUCAGCAACAUCAUCAGGCAGUUCAAGCUGAGCCGCAGUAAAUCGGCCGCUUCCUUUCAGAGCAUGGAAGUUAGGAAUUCCAACUUCGCAGCUGUCAUGGACAUCUUCAUCUCAAACACGUACGUGAUGGUGGUCAUGUCAGAUCCGUCCAUCCGUUCUGUGGCCACCCUGAUCAACAUUCGCAAUGCCAGGAAACACUUUGAGAAGCUGGAGAGAGUGGAUGGCCCCAAGCACAGUCUCCUUAAGCGUUGAAUAGUCCCAAAUGCUCUUUCUGAAAAUACUGAAUUGCCUUUUUUGUUUGCAUCCUUUAUUUUUAAUAUUCAUAAUGUCGUGUGCUUAAAAGUGGAUUUUGAUGUCUCUGCUGCUUUCUCCUUUCAUCUUUCUCCCCUGCUCUCCAGUCUUAAAACAUUGGACGCUACUGACUCAGCUACCCAGUAGAGCUUGAAGCUGGCUUUUCUGAGAAGAUGGUAUGGUGUAACACUAAAGUAGGUGGUUCGUGUGUGUUCUGAUUACCUGGUUAUAAUAGAUAUGCACAUCAAAGCCUUUACCAGUAUCUUCCUGUAUUUCGUAUCAGAUUGCAAAGAUGGAAUGUUACUAUUUUUUUUUGCAAAUUUUAUAUUAAUUUUAUUUAAGUAUACAUAUAAAAGUUUCAUCUCAUAAUUUUAAAGGUACAUAAUUGCUUAUACAUAGCAUGUUUCAAUUUAGUUUAUUAAUUAUCAUUAAUCCUUUUGGUCCCUGAAUCUGCCUUUGCUUCCUCUUCUAGGGCUCGAUGCAGAAUAUAACUGCCCAUGGAGGGCAAGGGGCAAGAAAUUAAGGGUCCCAGGGAGACUCAGUUUCAGUUAUCCUUGAUGAUGCUGAGAGGCAUUCAGCACCAGGAACAUGUUGUUCAAACAUAAAUGAGAAACUAAACUAUCUGAACAAUCUUCAUGAAGGUUUUCCACACAAAGUGCACUGUAUAUCUCUGUAGACUUAACUACUAGCAAGCUACAACCAAGGAACUUAACUACUACUGAAUCCUCGGAGGUAUCAUCAAUAUCCAGCUUCCAGUUUCCACACUCUAAAAUAUUUCUCCAUCGUGCUCCUAGAUUUCCAGGUGCCAGCAUUUACAGUAGGUAUGAUUUUCUGCGGCUUCAGCCACUGGACAAAGUGUUUUAUUUCCAGGUAGCUGCUGUGUUCACUGUAAGGCAGGCGUCCCCAAACUGCAGCCCCCUGAGGCCAUUUAUCC